AUGGAAGACUCGGCACCCGGCAAAUCAAUCAACGUGCCAGUAUCUCACUGUGGUAGUGAUGAACAGACAGGGCUGCAACCGUGGCUACCAAGCCAACCUCUUCCAAACGCGCCUGGGGAUAGUAGUAGAUACGUUGGCUCGACUCAUUGGUCUGGGAUCCUCGAUGACAUCCACGGUCUGAGAGCGGCGUUGAGCCAGCACGACAACGCAUCCCGGAUUUUUGAGCCCGCUGGUGCGUCCUCAGAUUCAGUAUCUGGCAGGAACCUGAUCAUCUUUGGCUCCCCGAGUAACUUCUCCAUAGAAGCGAUCAUCCUCCAGUAUCUGCCUUCCAAAAUGGAAGUUGAUCGGCUAUCUGCGUUCUAUUCCGAGGGUAAGACGUUCAUCAUUCCUUUCAUUCAUGUGUUUCAGUUCCGCCACCAAUAUCGCUCCUUUUGGGCCGAUCCGCUUCUUGUUAGCUCGCCCUGGCUUUUCAUGCUCUUCUCCAUUUGCUCAGUGACCAGUAUGGUUCGUGGCACUAUUGAAAUCGCCUCGAUGACCAGAAAAAAUGUGAUUGCGGAAGCUAUCCACUUCCGAUCUGGAUGGCCUACGAGAUGGGCUAUCAUGGAGACCCAGAUUCUCUUGGCUAUCUUCCUGUAUUCGAAGGCGAGCUGCGACUGCGACGACAGUUUGGGCACUCUGCAGGCAGGUCUAUUUCACGGUGGCAAUAUCUGCCUCGAGAACUGCCACACGCGAUCACCGAGGAAUUUAGCAAACUCUAAUUUUGAUGAAAACACACAUAUCAUACCUGCUCCUCACUCGGAGAAUGAGGUCACUGGCCUGCUUUGGUUCAUUGUGAAAGACCGUCAGAUGGCUAGCUUCGGUAAGGUCUGUCGGGAUACUCUAAGCUUCAGUGAUAAAUCAGAGCCGGAGAUCUUGCAACCCGACAAUGAGAUUCGGCGCAUGCAAACAACAAUCCUAAGCAGCCUCCGAGCUCGUCCUCUAUCCAAUUCUACUUCAUAUACACCUCCUAUGGUCAUGACCUGA